UCUGACCCUCCACUCUCGCAAACACCACUUUUUCUGGCUCUUUUCCAAACACCUCUCAACCUUCACAUUCUAUAUUCUCGUAGCAAACGGUUCCCCACAUUUGCUAACAGGUCUCUUUUUUCUCUCAUUCACAGCAGGACAGAAAAGAACCCAGUAGAAACACCUCACCCUUUCUCCUCCGGAACAUUUUUCUUUUACAAACCCUACGCAGAAAGCAGCAAAAAUGAGCUACGCCGAGAUUCUUGGUGGCACUCUUUCGCCAGAUGCCAACAUUCGCGAGCAAGCUACCAGGGCUUUGGAGUCUGCAGAGAACGAGAACUUUUCCCAGUACUUGCUCUCUCUGACCAAUGAGCUCGCCAACGAGGGUGGCGAUGGAGCAGUGCGCACUGCCGCCGGUAUCGCGCUGAAGAACGCGCUUCUCGCAAAGGAUCCGGCUCGCCAGGAGCAGUACGCACAGAGGUGGCUUCAGGUCAGCGACGACACUCGCAACCACGUCAAGCAGGGUUCAUUGGCCACGCUGGCGUCAGAGAGCCGGCAGGCGACAACAGCUGCGUCUCAGAUGAUUGCCGCCAUCACAGCCAUCGAGCUGCCGCGGGGCCAGUGGCCGCACGUAAUCAACACGCUGCUCGAGCAGAUCACCACCACCACCAAGGCCAACCUGAAGGUUGCCUCUCUGCAGGCGAUCGGCUUCAUCUGCGAGAACAUUGAGCCUGAGAUCCUGGCUACCCAGAGCAACCCGAUCCUGACCGCCGUUGUCCAGGGCGCCAACUCGCAGGAGCAGAACCAGGAGGUGCGGUACGCUGCCAUUACUGCCCUGUAUAACUCGCUCGAGUUUGUCCGUGCCAACUUUGAGAACGACGGCGAGCGCAACGUGAUCAUGCAGACCGUCUGCGAGGCGACACAGAGCCCCGACGUGAACGUCCAGGUGGCAGCCUUUGAGUGCCUGGUGCGCAUCAUGCAGCUGUACUACGACAAGAUGCAGUUCUACAUGGAGAAGGCCCUGUUCGGCCUGACAGAAGAGAAGAUCGCGCUGCAGGCCAUUGAGUUCUGGUCAACCGUGCCUGAGAUGAUGGAGCUGGGCCAGCAGUUUGACCGCACCAACUUCCAGUUCGCCAAGACCGCUCUGCAGCAGGUGCUGCCGACACUGAUGUUUUUGCUGACCAAGCAGGACGAGGACGCCGACGAGGACGAGUGGAACGUAGCUAUGGCUGCAGCCACCUGUCUGUCGCUGAUGGCGCAGACCGUUGAGAACGAUAUCGUGCCGCCGGUCAUCCCGUUCAUCGAGCAGAACAUCCGCAACCAGGACUGGCACUUCCGCGAGGCCGCCGUCAUGUCGUUUGGCUCGAUCCUCGACGGCCCUGAGUCUGCUGUGCUGAUGCCACUUGUGUCGCAGGCGCUGCCGGUGCUGAUCGAGAUGGUCAAGGACCCGGUGCUGCAGGUCAAGGACUCUGCGGCCUGGACGCUGGGCCGUGUGUGCGAGCUCCUGGUCGAGUGCAUUCAGAUCGACGUGCACCUGCACAGCCUGAUCAGCGCGCUGGUGGGAGGGCUUGAGGACAGCCCACGUAUUGUGUCCAACUGCUGCUGGGCGAUCAUGAAUCUCAGCGACCAGCUGGGCGGUUACUUUGAGGGCAUUAUCACGACGCUGAUGCGCAUUACCGAGAGCAACAUCAACGAGAACAACUCGCGCACCUCGGCGUACGAGGCCAUGGCGACGCUGGCCAACACUGGUGCCAAGGACACGAUCCCGACGAUCGGCCAGCUGGGAAUUGCCAUCCUGGAUCGCCUUGAUAUGACCAUCAGCAACGCCAGCCAGGCCGUCGGCAUUGACGACCGUCUUGUGCUUGGGGAGCUGCAGUCGAACCUGCUCAACGUUCCUGACCAAUGUGUCGCGCACCCUGGGCAAGCAAGGUAUCCGAGAUCUCUGACCGCUAUCAUGACCAGCGUGCUGGAGCUGCUCAAGGUCAGCGGCAAGCACGCUGCCGUUGCCGAGGACUCGUUCCUGCUUGUGGGCUCGCUGAUCACUGCGCUGGAGGCUGACUUCUCGCGCUACCUCGAGUCGUUUGCACCGUAUCUCUACAGCGCGCUGCGUAACCACGAGGAGUACCAGCUAUGCUCGAUCUCUGUGGGCCUGAUCGGCGAUAUCUGCCGUGGCAUGGGACCCGAUGCGGCCCAGUACUGCGACCAGUUCAUGACGAUUCUGCUGCAGAACCUCGAGUCGGACGUGCUGCACCGCGACGUCAAGCCCGGCAUUCUGUCAUGCUUUGGCGACAUCGCCCUGGCUAUCGGGGGGCGGUUCGAGACGUAUCUGGAGGUUGUGUUCCGCGUGCUCGCAUCUGCAUGCCAGCUCAGCGCCAACACACAGGCAGUGGACUACGACACGAUCGACUACAACAACCAGCUGCGCACAGGCAUUUUCGAGGCCUUUGUUGGAAUCGUGCAGGGCUUGAAGUCGGACAACAAGGCACAGCUGGUGCUGUCGCAGGUACAGGGCAUCCUUGGCUUUAUGAGCGUCGCGUUCAACGACCCGAACCGCUCGGACGAGGCGACACGGUCCAUGAUCGGUCUGCUUGGCGAUCUGGCUGAUGCGUUCCCGAACGGCGAGAUCCGCGAGGUGCUGCACGCUGACUGGAUCCCGGCACUCAUCAAGGAGGGCAGGGCAAGCCGCCGCGGCUCGUCGUUGCGCGAAGUAUCUCGCUGGGCGCGGGAAAUGGUCAAGCGGGCAUCGGCCUAAAUGGCCUGUUUUGCUCAGGUGUUUUGCUCCACUCCUUCUCUAUCCUCCCCCCCCCUAUUCUAUUAUCUUUCCUACAGGUAUGCUAGGAAUAACAUGUCCUUUUUUCAAUAAUUCCGGCGUAGCAGCCUUUGUGGACA